CCCAGCCCCAUGGCUGCAGCGGAGGAAGGGCCCGGCUGCUUCCUCCCCCGGGCCCGGUCGCAGAGUGACCCCAGCAUCCUGACGGACCCCGCGGGCUCCGGCGGCGGAGAGCAUCCAGGAAUCACAGCCCUGUUUGCUGGCUGGCCAGAUUCUCACUGAGUAGUACAAUACACGCAAAUGCCAAGCUUCUCCUGUCAAAACAAGAUGUCAUGCAGAUGAGAUGGAGCAGUCCCCGGCAAUGCGUUCUGACUAUCUGGUCUCAGGGAUUAGAACUCCACCAGUGAGAAGGAACAGCAAGUUGGCAACACUGGGCAGGAUCUUCAAACCGUGGAAGUGGAGGAAAAAGAAAAAUGAGAAGCUAAAGCAGACGUCGGCAGUGUUAGAGAAGAAGAUUACAGCAAGGCAAGGUCGGGAUGAACUCAUUAAGAAAGGUCUUCUGGAGAUGAUGGAACAAGAUGCCGAAGGCAAAGCUUGCACUGCUGAUGGUGCCACCAGAGCAAUGCCGAAUGACCUUCCACCUCCCACAUGCCAGGCACUUACCUCAGAAGAGAUGCAGCAGGAAAACACAACAGCAACAACAAAUGCGACCUCACUUGGAGAGGAGUUGCAGUCAGAGGAGCUGAAAGAGGAUGCAGCCAAGAAACCUUCAGCAUCCACUGAAGACUUAGAAGAUGCCAGCCUGCCAGCAACCGAAGAGAAUCCACAAGCCUUACUUGUUACUGAAUCUGCGGAUUCCCCACAGAAACAGACAGAAAGAAACCCAGCACAGCUUCCCAGCCCCCCAUUGCUCCCGAUUCCUCCACCUAAGGCAGUGUCUAAAAUCACUAAAAGUGUAACAGCAGGAAGUGAAAUAGAUGACCCAGUUGUGAAAUCCCCUCCUUCCACUAUCCUGAAGAAUUAUGUCAUCGUUGGUUCCUCCCAAAUCUCAGGACAAGCUGCCCUCUUCCAUCCUUCUGGCCAGAAAGGCUCUGAUUCCCUUAUCAGAGGACAGCACCCAACGCCAACUGGCUCCCCUCACCUUGCUGCCGUCCACCUGCCUUUACCUCCCAGCAGAGUCAUUGAGGAACUCCACAGGGCUCUGGCCACUAAACAUCGGCAGGAUAGCUUUCAUGGAAGGGAAAGCAAAGGGUCUCCAAAAAAGAGGGUGGAUGUCCGUCCAUCCAGAACAUCUAGCAUUGAGUGCAACAAAGAAAAGGAGAAUUCACUGAGCCACAGCAAUGAUCCAGAGAACAAGCGGAACUCAGUUAAAGAGUCGGAUGAGAACAAAGAAAACAUGAUCAUGAACUCGGAACUCAAGGACGACUCUGUAUUUUAUCAGGAUGAAGAGGUUUUGAAUGACUCCAUUAUUUCUGGUACCUUGCCAAGAAAAUGCAAGAAAGAGCUGCUGGCAGUCAAGCUACGAAACAGGCCAAGCAAGCAGGAGCUGGAAGACAGGAAUAUUUUCCCAAGGCGGACAGAUGAGGAGCGACAGGAGAUCCGGCAGCAAAUUGAAAUGAAACUCUCAAAGCGACUGAGCCAAAGACCUGCCGUGGAGGAGCUAGAAAGAAGAAAUAUACUUAAACAAAGAAACGAUCAAACAGAACAGGAAGAAAGAAGGGAAAUCAAGCAGAGAUUGACAAGAAAGCUCAAUCAGAGACCGACAGUCGAUGAACUAAGAGACAGAAAAAUCUUAAUUCGAUUCAGCGAUUAUGUGGAAGUGGCAAAAGCACAGGACUAUGACAGACGAGCAGAUAAACCUUGGACAAGACUGUCAGCAGCAGAUAAGGCAGCAAUUCGUAAAGAGCUAAAUGAAUACAAAAGUAAUGAAAUGGAAGUACAUGCAUCAAGCAAGCAUUUGACAAGAUUUCACAGACCAUAGAGAUUUUCUUCUGAGAAGAAUGUCUUUACUUUUUGAUACCGCCGCUGAACACACACAAGGGAAUGUAAAAAGGUCUUUCCCUGAAGUUCAGUUCACGACAACCUGAUGUUUAUGGGAAAGAAGGACUCUGCAGGUGAAGACUCUGCAGCACUUACAUACAAGAGGAGAUACCAGAGGACGUACUUCACUCUUUGAUGCCUAAAAAGUGACGGCCUGUGGGGUGGGAGGAUCAGCUAAAAGAUUGAAGUAAAACUACUUGAAGGAACCUACUGCUCUCCUUGAAACACUUGUUUUAAACUGUUUUGCAGCAUAUCUUGGAAAAGGAGACGUUGUGCAUGUACAGGCUUUCCCAUUCCAAGGCCGCUGACAUAAUGGACAUGACACGCUGUCAUUCAGUAUUAUGUUGACAAGACAUUUGGAACUUCUCAAAAUUCGUUUGUAAAACCCUUAAGUUCAUGUUAUACAAAAUGAUUUAAUGUAUUAUAAUUUCUUUCUUUUUUAUAUAAUGUCUAACAAAAAACACAGCUGCAGCAUUUUUGAUUCUUGUUAAUUUUGUUCUUUAAUUAAAUGACUACUUA